AUGAAACGCCUUAUCUUCAUUCUGGCCCUUUUCGGAGCCACACUAGCUCAAAGUUCAAGACAAUCCGCCACGGAUGUAAUCAGAAAGUUCAAAGAGGUUGCUCCCAAGUACUUGGAAAUACUGGAAGCUGGAGAAACGGAGUUGGAACAACUCCGAGUGGAAAGAUCGGACAUGGUAGCCAAGUUUCACGAUGACAUCAUUAUCAUUAAAGAAAGCUACGUGGUGGAUGCCAUCAAGAAGGAAAUCAGUAUGCAUCAGCAAAUCACAGGACAACCCUUCAGCGUAGACGUCACGUGUCUGAAGUUCGUGAAUACAACUUUGGAUAUGAACAUGGAUCUGGCCGGUGCUGGAUUCACCAAUUGCAUCAACAACGUUGAUGAGGCUUUCAACGGAAUGGUGGCCAAAUACUUGAACGCAAUUGGAGUGCAGGAAACGAUGCUUAACGAGCUGCGUCUUCUGGAUGUCUUCCGUGGGGAUAACGUGUUCUACACCCCGCAGAAUAUCAUCGAUAAAUUGGACAGCAAGUUGGCUGACCUGAAGUUCAACCCAGAAUCAAUGAAUGAAGAUUUGAAAAAAGCGAAGGAGACAUUCAAGAACGAUCUGGAAAAGAUCCGUUCCGAUUACGUUGGAUGCAUGACUCAGGGCGAACAGUUGCUUAGCGACGGUAUAACAUUAUUGAACAUGCAACUUACUUUCAGCUGUUUGGGAAAACUGAUUUAA